AUGCCUCCUCGAAGAUCCCAUAAGAAGUCACGCACUGGCUGUCUGCAGUGUAAAAAGAGACGAGUAAAGUGUGACGAGCGAGGCCCUCCUUGCAAAAACUGCACCACUCGGGGGAUAGAAUGCGCCUAUUCUAGCACGCCCGCUGGGGCUCGCAUGCCCGACACAUUGUCCGUGAGCCCUGGCUCUCCGCAGGUGUCUCUAAGCCCAAACAACGUAUCCAGUCAAUCACCAAUAACCACGACGCACUAUGAUCUACGCUCCUUAGAGCUCAUGCACAAAUUCUCCACGGAGACCUACUAUAGUCUGUCCAGCGACGCACUAGACCACCGUGUGUGGCAAACCACCAUGCCCCGCAAGGCACUGGAACAUGACUUCCUCUUGGACGGCAUCUUGUCAAUUGCGUCAUUGCACACGGCUGCGACAAAAGGACCCAUAGAGGCACGCUCAUAUAUCGACACAGCAUUGGAAUACCAAAACCGAGCAUUAACCCCCUUUCGACAGGCUCUUAACAACAUCUCGCCGGCGAACUGCGACGCCAUUUAUGCCUACUCCCUUAUCACCAUCGCGAGCCGUAUAGCAAUGCCCCAUUUAGCAAUUGGCGACAACGAAGGCCCAAACAUGAUUGAGAACAUUCUACACGUCUUCGAGCUACUGCAAGGUACCACUGAGAUCUCAAAGAUGACCCGUGCCUGGUCGGCGCAGAGCUCUUUCUCCACAGCCGCGGAUUACUGGGCCCCAGCAGCCAAGCGACUAGAUAGCGAAACCGAAGAAGCCUUCACCCGUUUAACGGCGGUCAACAAUCAAAAGAAUAGCACUCUGCCCGAGGCGCAUCGUAUGACGGACGAGGCGAUCGACCUGCUGCGACGCUGCUUCUGUCGGUACAGCACGACGAAAGACCCAGGCUCGGUCAUUACUUGGCUCGCUGUAGUUAACAGGCGAUUUGUUGAUACGCUCAGGGGUCUUGAGCCUAUUUCGUUACUUAUUCUGGGACAUUGGGGGGUUUUGCUCGGUCAGCUGGAUGGGAAGAUAUGGUGGGCUUCGAACUCAGGCAGAGCUUUGGUCACUGAUAUCUUGGGUGUUGGUGGGAGGGGUGAUGUUGAGUAUGGGGAUGCUUGGUUGUGGCCGAAGCGGCAGUUGUAUUUAUGA